AUGGAUCUGGCUACGACCCCGGGAAUGUCACCCCCAGACGGCCAGGAAUCGCAUUUCCAUGAGCCCUAUAACUCGUUGCAAACAGGCACUGUCAUCGCCUUUGCCAUCACCUAUCUCAUUGCCACAAUUUUCCUUGCUCUUCGCUAUUUCCAGGCUUUCAAGCUGGCCAAGAAAAUCGAGGUAGACCUGAUCACUAUCACGAUUUCCUAUGGCGUUGCGCUGGUCUAUUUCGUGACUGUGGUUAACUUAAUGAACUAUGGCUGGGGGAAGCACAUGUGGAAUGUUAGCCUGGAGGAUCUCGUGGAGUUCAAUAAACGAUUGCUCGUCAAUACGUUGACUUAUUUGAUAUGUCCAAGCAUCACCAAGAUGGCUAUUCUAUCUGUCUUAUUUCAAAUCAAUCCCGCAAAGGUAUACCGCUACCUCGUCGUGGUUGUCGCAGUCACAAUCUUUGCAUACACCCUGACAUUAUGCAUCAUCACCGGAGGACCAUGCAAUCCCCUCCAUGCGGGAACUACGGCGUGUCUAGAAAAUGUCGCCCUUUCUCAGGCAGUUCUGAAUAUUGCCUCUGAUUUAGCUGUUAUCGCCAUCCCGAUCCCGACGAUCCACGGUCUACAUUUCUCAGCGAAACAAAAACUCACGGUCGGCUGUCUAUUGGCUCUGGGAUCUGGCGUCAUCAUCUGCUCAAUCGCACGCCUACCGUACGUCUUACUCCUCGGCAAAACCGCGGACACAACCUAUACCGAAGCGAUUCUAGGAGUGUGGUCCCUCGUCGAGGUCAAUCUCGGCAUUAUUUGCGCCUGUGCAAUGCGGUUCAAGCGCCUGAUCGAGGUAUAUCUACCGCGACUUUCACUGUUCUCGUCACGCUCGCAUGGAGCUGCGAAAAUCGCAGAGGACACACCUAUAAUAAACAGGUUCCAGCCUCAAAAUAGUGGAGGGCAGCACUCGUACCAGCUGCACAGCGUCCACGAUGGGCACGUCAAUCCGUUUGCCGGCACAAAAGAUAUCUCCGUUCACCGAUCGUUCCACGUAGAUGAAGAACGCACACACGUGUAUCGCGGGAGCAAUGACAGCGAUGACAAGAUUUUGGCUUGA